GGGCUGGCAGGGGGCAGCGUUGGGGUGCGAGCUCGGAGCCGCGCGAGCACUCCAGGCGCGGGGCAACCACAGCGCUCAGGAGGCCCUGAGUCUGGCACCCGGCCAUGUGCAACCCUGAGGAGGCAGCCCUGCUGAGGCUGGAGGAGGUCUUCUCAGCCACCCUCGCCCGUGUCAACAGCUAUGUCCUCCAGCCCCUGCUCCCAGCUGCCCCAGAGCCCUCGGAUCCCUGGGGCAGAGAGUGCCUGCGGCUCUUGCAACAGCUGCACAAGAGCUCCCAGCAACUCUGGGAGGUGACGGAGGAAAGUCUGCACUCACUGCAGGAGAGGCUGCGCCACCCAGACUCCACCAGUCUGGAGUCCCUGCUGCUGCUGCGAGGUGCUGACCGUGUACUGCAGGCCCACAUAGAGUACAUUGAAUCCUACACAAGCUGCAUGGUGGUGCAGGCCUUCCAGAAGGCAGCAAAGAGGAGAAGCGAGUACUGGCGGGGCCAGCGGAAGGCCCUGCGGCAGCUGUUGUCAGGUGUGAGCUCAGAGGGCUUGGUGGGCGCAUCGCCGGGCCAGGCCCUCCACCAGCCACUCACUCAUCACGUGCAACAGUACGUGCUCCUCCUGCUGAGCCUCGGGGACACCAUUGGGGAGCAUCACCCAACCCAGGAGCUGGUGGUGAACGCAGUCACCCUCUUUGGGAACCUGCAGUCCUUCAUGAAGCAGGCGUUGGACCAGGCUGCAGCCACACAGGCUCUCUGGCACACCCUGAGAGGCCGGCUGAGGGAUGUGCUCUGCACACCUGCUCACAGACUCCUUCAGGACAGCCAGGACGUACCCGUGACGGUCGCACCGCUGCGGGCUGAGCGUGUGCUGCUCUUUGAUGAUGCCCUCGUCCUGCUGCAGGGCCACAACGUCCACACCUUUGAUCUGAAGCUGGUGUGGGUGGAUCCUGGGCAGGACGGGUGCACGUUUCACCUCCUCACGCCUGAAGAAGAGUUCUCCUUUUGUGCCAAGGACUCCCAGGGCCAGGCAGUCUGGCAGUGGAAGGUGACCCAGGCUGUUCGCCAGGUCCUGCGUGGGAAGAAGGACUUCCCUGUGCUGGGGGCUGGCCUGGAGCCCUCCCAGCCUCCCGCCUGCCGCUGUGCAGAAUAUACCUUCCGCGCAGAGGGCCGGCUCUGCCAGGCCACCUAUGAGGGCGAGUGGUGCAGGGCUCGGCCUCACGGCAAGGGAACCCUGAAAUGGCCGGAUGGGCGGAAUCACGUGGGGAAUUUCUGCCAGGGCCUGGAGCAUGGCUUCGGCAUCCGCCUGCUGCCCCAGGCCUCUGAGGACAGGUUCGACUGUUACAAGUGCCACUGGCGAGAAGGCAGCAUGUGUGGCUACGGCAUCUGUACAGCACCGAUGAGGUGUACAAAGGCUACUUCCAGGAAGGCCUGCGGCAUGGAUUUGGGGUCCUUGAGAGUGGUCCACAGGCCCCCCAGCCCUUCAGGUACACGGGCCACUGGGAGAGGGGCCAGAGGAGCGGCUAUGGCAUCGAGGAGGAUGGUGACAGAGGCGAGCGCUACAUCGGCAUGUGGCAGGCUGGUCAGCGCCACGGCCCGGGGGUCGUGGUCACCCAGGCAGGUGUCUGCUACCAGGGCACCUUCCAGGCGGACAAGACGGUGGGCAAGGUCACCUUCCCCAAUGGCUUCACCUUGGAGGGCUCGUUUGGCAGUGGGGCAGGGAGAGGACUGCACACACAGGGUGUGCUGGACACAGCUGCCCUCCCACCAGACCCAAGCAGCACCUGCAAGAGGAUUCCAUAUGCUUCUGUCUCUCUUCUGGUCGCAGGGUAGAUUGUCUCUGUCCCUUUCUCUGCUGCUCUUCCUUCUGGAGCUGUGGAGGCAGCUGGGCGUGGGUGCCUUCCCUGUGGAAAGCCGCUGGCAGGGAGUCUACAGGCCCUUCCAGGACUUUGUGUGUGCUGGCUGCCCCAGGGACCUGCAGGAGGCCCUGCUGGGCUUCGACGUGCAGAGCUCCAGGGAGCUGCGCAGGUCUCAGGAUUACCUGUGCUGUGAGAGGACCCACCCUGAGGACAGUGUGGGCAGUAUGGAAGACAUCCUGGAGGAGCUGCUACAGCACCGGGAACCCAAGGCCCUGCAGCUGUACCUCAGGAAGGCUCUGAGCAACUCACUGCACCCUCUGGGAAAGCUGCUCCGGACACUGAUGCUAACCUUCCAGGCUACCUACGCGGGUGUCGGGGCCAACAAGCACCUUCAGGAGCUGGCCCAGGAGGAGGUGAAGCAGCAUGCCCGGGAACUCUGGGCUGCCUACAGGGGUCUGCUUCGAGUUGCCUUACAGCGCAAGGGCCAGGCCCUGGAGGAAGAUGAAGACACAGAGACAAGAGGCCUCCAGGUACAUGGAUUGGUGCUGCCCCUCAUGCUGCCCAGCUUCUACUCAGAGCUCUUCACGCUCUACCUGCUGCUUCAUGAGCGGGAGGACAGCUUCUACAGCCAGGGCAUCGCCAGCUUGAGCCUCUUUCCCGAUACCCAACUGCUGGAGUUCCUGGAUGUGCAGAAGCACUUGUGGCCCCUCAAGGACCUCACGCUGACGAGCAAUCAGAGGUACUCCCUGGUCAGGGACAAGUGUUUCCUGUCAGCCACCGAGUGCCUGCAGAAGAUCAUGACCACGGUGGACCCACGGGAGAAGCUGGAGGUGCUGGAGAGGACAUACGGGGAAAUUGAGGGCACGGUGUCGCGGGUGUUGGGCCGGGAGUACAAGCUGCCCAUGGACGACCUGCUGCCGCUUCUCAUCUACGUGGUGUCGCGCGCCCGAAUUCAGCACCUGGGAGCCGAGAUCCACCUGAUCCGUGACAUGAUGGACCCCAACCACACAGGAGGCCUGUAUGACUUCCUGCUCACGGCCUUGGAGUCCUGUCAUGAGCACAUCCAGAAAGAAGACAUGAGGCUGCACCGCUUACCUGGCCACUGGCACUCCAGGAAGCUCUGGUAGCUUGGCCUUUCCUGGACAGACUGCAGAGCUGAGCAGGGCAUUGCUGGCCUGUCCCUCAUUACCCAAGGCAAAGGGCAGGACAGGCCCUUGGAAGCAGCUCUUGGAGGAGAUGAGCAUUUUGUUUUGCACAGCAAGAUGCUGCUGCUGCCCUGACUGGGAUGAGGGUGAGGGCUGAUGGGUGUGGCCCUGGAUGUGGUGGUUUUCCCUUGGCCACUAGCCCAUCUCCAAUGACCCCUUAAUCUGCAGCAGCUCACAGGCUAGGGGUGAGGAACCCCUGACUUCUCUUAGCCUGAGCCUUUCUCCCAAGUUGCAGAGCCUCUCUGGGCCUCAGUGCUGCCGUCUGUAAAUGGUGGAGUGAAUACGCUGUAAAGGACCUUCCAUCCAUUUUGCUGAAUUCCAGAGUCCUUUCAGAAGACUGACUUCAGUCUGCUGGGCUGUCCUGACCUCUGGCAGGCUCUAAGCCUCGCUGGGCAUGCAGUCAACAGGGUGGGCCUGGAGGUCCGUGAACUGCAGGCCGUGUACCCAUGACGUAAAUGGCGGCACUGGAGCAAGCUGGGGCAGGGGGUGGGCAAACCCUCACUGACAGCACACCCCAAGUGGCCUGUGAAUCAUUCACCUGUGACCUCUGUGGGCCUGCGGGGGGACAGCAGGGGCACAUGACAUUUGCCUGGGCCCUGACCAAUAAACCCUUAGACCCUGCUGUGGUUGGGGAGCAGGGGUACCUUUGGGAGGGGAGGACUUUAUUUAAACAGAGGUUCUAGUGUGGGACCAAGAGAGGCAGCAGCUGGGUCUUGGGGCAGAUUCAUUCCUGUUGGGCCUCAGUUUCUCUUCCCCACAUUGAGGGACUUGUGCCAGGUGACAUGCAGGGUCUCCCUCUGCCCUAACAGGAUAUGCAUGAUGACAGACACUGUGAUGUAUUCUGAAAGGGUCCAGGGCGAAGCACAGGGAGAGGGUGGAUUUGUGUAGGGUGCAGCUCUGGAGAAGAAGCUGGAUCACUCCUGGUCCCACUCCCUAGGCUCUGAGCAAGUCAGGCUCCUGGCUCUGGUUGUGGCUCCCCCAAAUGAAGUACUGACCUCAGCCUAUGAGAGGAGGGUUGAGGGAGGCUCUGGAAAGUCCAGCCACACCUGAGUCCCCAGCAGUAGCCUUGGGGCAGGGGGCACCCACAGAAUCCCAGAGAUGAUGUGAGAAGUGGGCAGAGAGAGCCUGGUGCCUCUGUUUGCCACCACCUCCCCAGGAAGGAGGGAGAGCCUUUCUCUGGCUGGUUCCACUAAAUGUGCCAGCCCAAAUGCAGGGCACGGGCUCUGGUUCUGCCAGGAGCCUGCAACACCCCCAGGAAGGGUAUGGAACUGCGGAAGAGCGAGGACGUGCAGGGUGCACAGGCACUCAUGCUUACUGGGACUGGGCAGCUCACUGGGAUUCUAUCCUUUCCAACCGGCAUCAGCCAGCUCUUGUCCCCUGACAAGUGAGGACAGCCUGACCCUGCCCUCAAAUGCAGCCAGCCCUGAGUUCAUGUGAUGCUGAUGGAACCCCAGCAUACUUCCCUGCCUCCUUUGAGAUUUGCGAGCCCUUGCUGCAGUUCAGAUUCAACAAGGCCCUCUGCCCACCCUCUCACUAGGCCUCACCCAACACCGGUGGCACUGGAGCCUCUGGCUGGGCACAGUGGCUCACUUUGGGAGGCUGAGGCAGGAAGAUUGCUGGAACCUGAGAGUUCAAGACCAGCCUGGGCAAUAUAGUGAGACCCUGUCUCUACAAAAAUAAAAUAAAAUAAUUAGCUGGG